UCACCUUCCACCAUUCCGCGAGGAUUUUACCUAUAAAGAGCCGCAUCGCGACUGGAAAAGACACAUUCAGUCACAAGUCUUCCGUGUGGAAACAACAAAUCUUAAGCAAAAUGAACUCAUUUACAGCGCUAUUCGCCGUCACGAUGGUUACCUUGGUUGUAGCCGAACCACCAUCGCCAUACAGCUACAAUCGUCCAUCAACUGGACUUGGAGGUAGCAGUUUCGGAUCAAGCGGUUUCGGUGGCAGCAGCUUCGGCGGCAGCUCAUUCGGCGGCAGCAGCGGCGGUUUUCAAUCGAACGAAGGCGCCAACGUAGAUCCACAAUUGUUGGAACAAGUUCGUCAAAUUUUGUUGCGUGAAGAAAGCCAAUCCUCAUCUUUCUCGGCCCCAUCAUCGCAAUAUGGGGUUCCAUCGGGUCCAUCUGGCCGUGUCGUUGGAAUCCUCUUGGAAAACACCAUUCCAUCAAUCCAAGUUGCUUCAUUCUCGCAACAAAGCGCCGCUCCAUCAUCGGGUGGAUACUCAUACUCACCAGCCCCAGCUCCAGCUCAAGUUUACUCAGCUCCUCAACAAUCGUACUCGGCCCCACAACAAAGCUACUCAGCACCACAACAAUCGUACUCGGCCCCACAGCAAAGCUACUCAGCACCAAGCAUCUCAGCACCAUCAUCAAGCUACGGCACUCCAUCAGCCCCAAGCUCACAAUACGGUGCCCCAUUCUAAGGAGUGUUUGGUCUAACAAAAGCCAACUUGUGAAAUUAAGAACAAAUUUUUUCAUUAGAAAAAACAUAAACUCAUAGUUCGCAACGAAAAAAAAAACCAACACCAACAAUGAUAAAAUGACGCUAGGCAAGGCCAAAUGACUACGAAUUCGCCAAAUUCAAACGGAUGGAAAAAUGUAAGGAAAUAUGUAAACGGAACACGAUUAUCAUCACAUCAGUUAAACGAAUGGGAAUCGAAAACGGAAUAAAAUAGCAACAGCUGAACAUUCACACACACUGAAAAUACAUACGGGUUGAGUUGAUGGUAAAAAAAACUGGUUUAAUACAACGAACCAAAAGCAGAGCCUGCACCAUCGAUAUGUGAAAUAUGGAAUUCCGUUUUGUCCAUUCGAAAUAACUGAUAACAAACAAACAAACAAAUCUUCUACUUGGCAAACCCAUCAAAAUGAUUGAAAAGCCGAAGCUGAUACGAACAAUCGCACUGCUACUUUCAAACAUCUUGAUGGCGAAAUCGGCGCUGUUCACAUGGAAUAUAAUUGUUAUUUUCUUUAACAAUUUGUAAAUAUAUCAUUUUUAUUCUUUUUUGAUGUUAGUUAUUAAGUGUUUUAUGAAAUGAAGAGAAAAAAAAAUAAAAUUUUGUCACCGUAAAAAAA